CGCGGUGUCACGUCCAUCUCUGGGUUGUGGUGGAGAAGGACUGCGGGGGCUCGAUUUCUGCGCGCAGGAAGCGCCGUCAGGGCAGGGUCGUAGCGCGUGAAGCGUUCCGUGCGGCCGGUGGUGGAGCCGCGGUCGCGAGUGGGAGGGAGAGUUCUCACCAGAGCGGUGGAAGAGGUCGAGAUUUAGACUGGAAGAGCCUUAGAGGAGCCAUUUUACAGGAUGGCUGGUUUGGUUUUGUGCGAACCAACAGAGCUUUACAACAUCUUGAAUCAGGUCACAAAACUGUCGCGACUGACUGAACCCAACUAUCUCUGCCUAUUGGAUGUGCGUUCCAAAUGGGAGUAUGACGAGAGCCAUGUGAUUACAGCCCGUCGAGUGGAGAAGAAGGCGAGCAAGUAUCUUCUCCCGGAGUCUGUGGAUCUGGAGUGCGUGAGAUACUGUGUGGUGUAUGACCACAACACCAGCACCCUGGAGAUCGUCUUAAAAGAGGAGGAAGGUGACAACGGUGACGACGGGCCGGGACUGGUGCCUGGCGCUGCCGUCGAGUGUGGCAGAGCCCUGGCCAACCUCACCCGCCACCCCGUCUGCAUCCUGAGAGGAGGCUAUCAGGGCUUCUCGGCCAUAUACCACUUCUUCCGGACGCAGAAGAUCAUCUGGAUGCCACAGGAACUGGAUGCAUUUCAGCCCUACCCUGUUGAAAUAAUUCCAGGUAGAAUCUACCUGGGCAAUUUCAGGCAAGCCUGCGACCCGAAAAUUCAGAAAGAUUUGAAAAUCAAAGCACAUGUCAACGUCUCCAUGGAGGCAGGGCCAUUUUUUGUAGAUGACGCUGACAGCCUCCUGCACAUCAAGAUAGAAGAUUCCCCGGAAGCCGACCUUUCCCCCUUUUUAAGGCACCUCUGUCACUUUCUCGAACUUCACCUCCAGCUUGGCUCUGUCAUCCUGGUCUUUUCCACCCUGGGCAUCAGUCGCAGCUGUGCGGCCAUCUUGGCCUUCCUCAUGCACUGGAAUGGGCAGACCUUGAAGAAGUCCUGGGCAGACUGGACAAGCCAGGAAGGCUUCCAGGGGCAGGAGGGCUUCAGAGGACAAAGAGGUGGGGCUGAGGAGAAAAGAAGGGAAAAGCGUAUUGACAGGGAAUGCAGCACGCAGACUGGCGUCCUGGAGGCUGGAUUCUCUUCUGGCCUUGUUUUGUUUGGCUCACACAGUGUUUUUUAAAAACUGUAACUUAAUGUUUCCACACGGGAGGCACUCCUGCCCCAUGAUCCCCAACAUUCUGAAUUUCCAUCCCCGACCUGCCCAAACACGUUCACGGAGCCAGCCCAGGAUCCCUGCACGAGCCACUGAAAACCCAGGAGAAUCCGUGGAAAAGAGAAUGAACGGUCAAGUUCAGCAUCAGGAAUAAAAGUGCUGGGAGCAAGAUGUAUAAAAAUCAAUAGUACAUUUUCCUCCACAACAGCAGCCAGCUGGAAAGUAUCUUAGAACACAGAUCCUAUGUGAGUAGCAAAGCAGCAAGAUCAUACCCUGCCUUUAUAAAAAUCUGAAAUCUCCAGGCAUUCACUCGAAUCACCUUUAUUUGAGUGUCUGCCCUGCAUUUUAUGUGAAAUUCAAAAUUUAAAAACAUGUGAAUUUUGAAUAGGUAAAAUGAAAAAAAAAUUAGUUAAAAAGAUUUUUUAAUUGUGUUUAUUGAAGACAGUGUUUCCUUUUUUUUUUUAAUGUUUAUUUAUUUUUGAGAGAGAGAGAGAGAAGGAACACAUGGGCAAGGGAAGGGUCAGAGAGAGAGGGAAACACAGAAUCCGUAGCAGGCUCCAGGCUCUGGGCUGUCAGCACAGAGUCUGAUGUGGGACUUGAACCCAUGAACUGUGAGAUCAUGACCUGAGCUGAAUUUGGACGCCCAACCGACUGAGCCACCCAGGUUCCCCCAAAAAGAAUUUUUUUAAGUAAGAAAAAAAAAAGGUGAAAGGCUCCCUCCCACCCUUGUCCCCUGCUGCCUUGUUCCCAUUCACCUCCAAGAGAGAACCACUCAUUUACUAAUUUCUUGUUGAGUCUCUCCACGUUAUUUUAUUUUCACGUACAAGGAAACAUGAAUAUCCUGAAAUAUGACCCUCUUCCCCACUUUUUCUACAAGUGAUAGCUCAGAAUCUUUCUUUUCCCCUUAAGGGACUGUCAUGGCAGUCUUCUUAUACCAGCAUAGAAAAGGCAUCCUCCGACGCCUGGGUGGCUCAUUCGGUGGUCCGACUCUUGAUUUUGGCUCAGGUCAUGAUCCCAGGAUCAUGGGAUGAAGCAGGCUCUGUGCUGCGCAUGGAGCCUGCUUGAGAUUCUCUUUCUCCUUCUCCCUCUGCCCCUCCCCUGCUCACGUGCUCUCUAUCUCAAAAAAAAAAAAAAAAAAGUCAUCCGCAUUCCUUUUUACAGCUGAAUAGUAAAAAUACUGAUUUCAGAUAAAACCACGGGCUCCAGAGUAAAAUUGCCUGGGUCAGAAACCUGCUGUGAUUUUGACCUAAUGAUCUCUGUGCGCCUCAGCUUUCCAUGUGCAAGCGGAAAUAAUGGGUCCCUGUUCAUACCGCUGCAAGAAUUUAGUGAGAUAAUGCUUAUAAAAGUGUUUAGAACAGUUGCCUGGCAUCUUGGUGAGCUUUCUCAGCUGCUUUUCUCAUUCUUAUUAUAACAGCACUAGCAACGAAAGCAGGGUAACGGGAUAAGGAGUGGCGUGGGGGGUAUUCUAGAUAGAGGGGCCCUGCUGAAAAUCACAAAGUUUACUGAGAGAUGUAAAGCAGGCGAAUUAAUGGAGAGGCACACUUUGUUUCUGGGUGGGAAGUAUGGAUUUGUAGAAAUGUCAGCUCUGCCUCGUGUAAUUCGUGUUUCUCCCGUUUGCAACUGACACCCCAGUAAGAGGAUUUAUUUGGGGACUUAGGUUUUUCUCAAACUUAUCUGGAAGAAUAAAUGAGAGUAGCUUUAAAACAUCAGCAAAGAUGGUGAUAAGGAGAAACUUGCCCUGCUAAAUAUCGAAACGCGUUUUAAUGAUUAAAACUGACGUCAUUAAUGGCUUAAGAAUAAAUGGAAGGUGCCUGCGUGGCUCAGUAGGUUGAGCGUCCGACUCCUGGUUUCGGGUCGAGUCAUGAUCUCACGGUUGUGAGAUCGAGCCCUGAGUCAGACUCCGUGCUGGGCAUGGAACCUGCUUGGGAUUCUCUCUCUCCCUUUCUCUUGGUCCCUUCCCCACUUACACUCUUUCUCUCUCAGAAUAAAUAAACACUAAAAAAAAAAAAAAGGAUCAACAGAAUAGAUCACUCAGAAACAUACUUUUAUGUACACAUGAAUUAAUUGUAUGACAGAGGGGACUUUACACAUCAAUACGGAUGGAAAGAUCUUUUGAUAAAUGGGUUUUUUUUUUUUUUAAGUUUAUUUAUUUAUUUUGAGACACAGAGAGAGAAAGAGAGAGAGCAAGCAGGGUCGGGGCAGAGAGAGAGAGGGAGAGAGCGAGAAUCCCAAAUCCCAAGCAGGCACUGAACUGCUAACAGGAAGCUUGAGGAGGGGCUCUCAACCGUGAGAGCAUGACCUGAGCCGAAACCAAGAGUCCUACUGUGAGCGCACAGCCCGCUGCGGAUCCUCUGUCCUCCUCUCUGUCUCUGCUCCUUCCCCACUCGCGCUCUCUCCCUCUCUCUCAAAAAUAAAUAAAACAUUAAAAUAAAUAA